AUGGAGCGCAGGUUUCAGAACGAUGAAAAUUUCAUGGUUAGGUACACAACGUUCAUGCAAGAGUACAUACGGCUGGGACAUAUGCAGUUAAUCCCAGAUUCGGAGAUAGCAGUCGACCAGUCAAGGUCCUGUUAUUUGCCUCACCACGGGGUCAUAAAGGAAGACAGUCUUACGACCAAAUUGCGAGUCGUAUUCGACGGAUCUUGUGUUACAUCUUUCGGAGUAUCACUCAACGAUUUGCUGCUGAGUGCGCCCAAUAUCAAUGCGGAUUUGUUUGAUGCUCUAUUACGAUUCAGAUCGUACCCGAUUGUAUUUACGGCGGACGUCGAGAAGAUGUACCGUCAGGUAUUGGUGCAUCCUGACGAUACGAACUAUCAACGCAUUGUAUGGCGUGAUUCCCCGGACAUGCCGAUACAACAUUUUCGUUUGCUGACUGUAACAUACGGUCUGAAGAAUUCCGGAUUUUUGGCUAUGGCAGCAUUGAAAAAGGCAGCUGAAGUACACGAGAAGCAGUACCCAGAGGCAGUUGAGCGGAUCAAAAAGCAUACCUACGUUGAUGAUCUGACUUCUGGAGCUGACUCUGCGCAAGAGGCGAUGGUGAUAAUCAAGCAGAUUAACGAGAUACUACAUAAUGCGGGCUUUAUUCUACGCAAAUGGAGCUCGAAUUCAGCAACGGUUCUCGACUCACAUAGUGACGUAAAUGUUAACGCUAAACCGAUCAAUUUGCCAGACGAACAGAAUUCGGUGAAAGCGCUUGGUAUACAUUGGUUGCCUGAGGAAGACGUUUUCACUUUCAAGGUGAACUUUCGAGUAGAUGGUCCUAAUACAAAGCAUCAACUGCUGUCGGACACAGCGCGACUGUUCGACCCGUUCGGAUGGUUCGCACCAGUCAUCAUUCGUGCAAAAAUUCUUUAUCAACAUUGUUGGCUAUACGAUUUGAACUGGCACGAUCCGUUACCCCCGUGUAUCGAGGAUGCGUGGGUAGAAAUGAAACAAAACUUGUGGCAACUUGAACAGGUGAAAAUUCCAAGAUGGAUGGCAAACUUUCACGGUCGUAUUGAACUGCAUGGCUUCUCUGACGCCUCUGAAGAAGCUUACGCCGCAGUUGUGUAUAUGCGAUCAAUCGACGAAGAUGGUCGUAUUCACGUCAGCUUAAUUGCAGCUAAAACAAAGGUAGCGCCGGUGAAACAAGUAACUAUACCUCGGCUUGAACUCAACGCAGCGGAACUUCUGGCGAAGCUGAUGAAGCAGGUAGCAGAACCGCUCGAACGUUUCCAGGUUCAGCAGUAUGCCUGGACAGAUUCGACGAUAGUCCUCCAAUGGCUUAGCAACCAUCCCCGUAAAUGGAACACGUAUGUAGCGAACAGAGCAUCGACUAUUCUGGAUAUUUUACCGCGACGACACUGGGGCCAUGUUUCAACACACGAAAAUCCUGCAGAUUGUGCGUCGCGAGGAAUAAACCCUUCGGAGUUCGUAGAUCAUCCGCUUUGGUGGUCUGGACCGCAUUGGCUAGCAGCGGAUUCUUCGUCGUGGAAGCGCAAUGUUCCACCGGAAGAUUUCGACGACGGCACAGUUGAGGUACGUAAACGGUUUCAAACACUCAAUACGAUGAUUAAGCUUCCAGGCACCAGCUUCGAGAUUGAAAGGCAGAUUCUUGAACGCAAGUCUACUUUACAUGCCUCGUGUCGGCAACUAGCAUAUGUUAAUCGUUUCAUAACCAAUAUGAAGGCACAGCGAAGUAAGCAAUCCAAACUUUCCGGCACGAUCACACUAACCGAACUACACGAAGCUAGACUACAAUACGCAAGGCUAGCGCAACAUGACGUUUACGCAAGAGAGAUGGAUAGUUUGAAGGGUGGUAGCGAGGUUUUUUGUAAAUCGAAGAUCAGCGACAUGUAUCCAUUUCUGGACAGUGACGGAACCAUGCGAGUUGGCGGUCGGUUGCAGCAUUCGGCUCGUCCAUUUCGCAUUAUGCAUCCCGUAAUUCUACCUAAAGAACAUCGCGUCACACGACUGUUAAUAGAGGAACUGCACGUUCAGAACUGUCAUGCCGGCCCAUCGCUAUUGACUGCAACUAUAAACCAAUACUACUAUGUAAAGGGUUGCCAAGACGUGGUUAAGCAAGUGAUACGCAACUGUGUGAAAUGUUGUCGCUUGAAAGCGAAGACUGCUCAGCAGUUAAUGGGAAGUCUUCCAGCGGCACGUGUUACAGCAUAUCGUCCAUUCGCACACGUCGGAGUGGACUAUGCCGGUCCCAUUCUGAUACGCUGCAGUAACACUCGAGGAGAGCGAUCGAUGAAGGGUUAUAUCGUAGUCUUCGUCUGCUUAUCGACUAAGGCGGUGCACUUAGAAGCGGCAGGGGACCUUACGACAGCUACGUUCUUGGGAGCGUUGAAACGGAUGAUUGCACGACGCGGAUAUUGCAACGAGAUCUGGUCUGAUAACGGUACCAACCUGGUUGGAGCUGAUCGACAGCUCAGAGAAACUUACACAGCCUUGAUGUCACACGGUAAGGAUGCUGAGCGCUUUCUCAGUAGCCUCGGUAUACAAUGGAGAUUCAUUUCGCCGUCCAGUCCCCACCAGGGCGGUAUUUGGGAAGCGGCGGUGAAAAGCGCCAAGGGUUUACUUCGACCAAUCGUUGGAAAUGAGAAGCUGACCUUCGAGGAGCUGACCACUGUGCUCUGUCAGAUCGAGGCUUGCUUGAAUUCCAGGCCUCUCUGUCCGAUGUCAUCAUCACCCAAUAACUGCGAAGCCCUCACUCCGGGGCACUUCCUCGUAGGACAACCGUUAAACCUGUUACCCGAACCAGACGUCUCGCGGGUGCAAAUGAAUCGACUCGAUCAUUGGGAGAAGGUCCAGCGAUACACAAUCGAGUUUUGGAACAAAUGGCGGAACGAGUACCUGGCAACGCUGCAAUCCAGGGGCAAAUGGCGAACCAGACAGGAGAACAUCAAACCGGGUCAGCUCGUCCUGGUGAAAAGCGACAACGUGCCGCCUUCGGCUUGGGAGUUGGCCAGGGUGUCAGCAGUGCAUCCGGAUCAACAGGGAUUAGUCCGCAUCGUUACGCUGCGUCGAGGCAAGACAGAGUACCAACGCCCGGUUCAGAAGUUGUGUCCACUUCCGGAUUGA